AUGUCUACUAUUGAAUCAUGGUUUAUUCCAUUUGAUAUUUUGUCACUUAUCAGCACUACUUUAGCUGCUUUAUUGGCUUUGAUUUAUCUUCUCAUUAUCAUUUUUGAUAAAACAUGCCAUACAGUUUCGAUGAUGUUAGUUGCCAACACUUCAUGUGCAAUUAUCCUCUUCGCAUGCAGUAUGUUCAGUGAAACACUAUUUACACUACAAAAUGAUCUUCAACAAGUUCAAACUUACGAUAUUUCUUGUUUUAUUCGAGCUCCUUUUGCUUACAGUGGAUGCGCAAUAUUAAAUUUUUCAUUUACUUCACAAGCAUUCUAUCGAUAUGUGCUGGUAGUUUACCCAACUCAUGUGUUCUAUCGAUCCUACAAAUUUCAGUUGUUACUUGUGAUUGUCAUAUGGAUAUAUGGUUUUCUCGUUCCCGUCGAAUUCGUUGCACGAGGUGAAGUGACAUACAAUCCCGACAAUCAAAUCUGUCAACUACCACUUGGACUAUCGUUCUCUAUUAUCUACAUGGCUAGCUGUGUUUAUGUAUUUCCGAUCUUCAUAACAAUGAUCAUUUAUUAUAAAUUAAUCCGCUAUGUUAAACAGAUGAAUGCUCGAACCACAUCUGUUAACACUGUAUUGCGUGCACGGCAUGAGUUGAAAAUGGUGAGACGUAUAGUUAUCAUAAUAGUGAUUUUAUUAGCUCUUGGUUUUACAUACUUUAUCUUCAUUUUAAUGUCGUUUUUUACAACUCCACCAAAGUAUCACUUUCGAAUUGCACUUGUACUCCUUUGUGUAUCGUUGACAAGCAUAACGAUUGUUUUAUUUGUAUUCACGGAUCAACUGAAGCGACUGGUGACGAAAAAUAGAAGGAUCGAACCUGAUAUCAAUACGGUUUUUGUUCUCCAGACGGCAAUUCAUUCACGAUGA